UUUCUCAAUGAAAUUGGGAGGGGUGGAAUGCGUGUGUAUUUCGGAAUUCCGGAUUUAAUCUUCAUUUUGUAUUAUCAUUAUCAGUGUGUGUGUUGUGUUGGAAAACUUUAAAAUAAUGAACUGUACAAAUAAAGUGUGAUUUGAUUUGUUUCCUUUUUUAAUUGUCUUGAUAAUCAUGCAAAAUGGCCAACGAUUUGUGGUCAUGUACCUGCUGUACAGAGGCUCUGACUUGUUGGCUGCGUCUGAAGCUAUCGCCGGAGGAGAUAGAGCAACGAUAUAGGAGUAAAGAGAUCGACAGAAUACUCGAGAAAGAUAAGCAAACUUUGCGGCGGCAGGUGAAGCUGUUGUUACUCGGCGCGGGUGAAAGCGGAAAGUCAACAUUCCUCAAACAGAUGAGAAUCAUACACAAAGUGAAAUUCGAACCGGAACUCGUGCGGGAGUACCAGCAUGUGAUAUAUCAGAACAUUGUCAAAGGCAUACAGGUGUUAGUGGACGCAAGAGACAAACUCGCGAUACCAUGGGAGAAUCCGCGGAAUUUGGAUAUCGGCCAGCAAGCACUGCACUUCAACAGCACGGCGUCGCUCGACAGCCGACUCUUCAUGCACUACGCGCCGCACAUACACUCAUUGUGGUUAGACAGAGCCAUAAAAAGGGCAUAUGACAGGCGAAGAGAAUUUCAAUUGAGUGAUUCGGUGAGUUACUUCUUCGAUGAACUGGAGAGGAUCGCUCGGCCGGACUACGUGCCGUCCCACCAGGACAUCUUGCACUGUCGGAAGGCAACGAAAGGCAUAACGGAGUGCACGAUAAACAUAAACAACGUUCCUUUCGUGUUCGUCGACGUGGGGGGCCAGCGGACCCAGAGGCAGAAGUGGACUCAGUGCUUCGAUUCGGUUACGUCGAUACUGUUCCUUGUAUCGUCGUCCGAAUUCGAUCAGGUCUUAUCUGAAGACAGGAAAACGAACCGGCUCGAGGAGGCGUUAAACAUCUUCGAUACGAUCGUGAACAACGUCAACUUCAAGGGAAUAUCGAUAAUACUUUUCCUGAACAAGUCCGAUCUGUUGGCGCGCAAGGUCGCCAGCAAGGAGACCGACAUCCGCUGGUACUAUCCUCAGUUCGCGGGCGACCCGCACAACCUGCACGACGUCCAAAUGUACCUGCUCAACAUGUUCGCGAACGUUCGGCGCGAACCGAAAACAACGCUGUACCACCACUUCACGACCGCCAUCGACACCCACAACAUCGAGGUCGUAUUCAAUUCUGUCAAAGACACGAUCCUAAAUCGCAAUCUCGAAUCUCUGAUGUUGCAGUGA